CUGCAUCUCGCUCGCCUCCGACUCACCACAGUUCCAACUUGUGCCGUGUUUUCUGUCCGCCAUUGGUCUACAGCGGCCGCUAUGACUGCGACAGUUUGACCCCCGGAAGAGCCACCGCGUGCGUAUCCCUGCAACAACAUCAGCAACGAACGACGGGCCUGUUCUGGCUAGGCUAUGAACUUGCUGGAGUGCUUCUUUGCCCGGCGAGAUCGUAACACUCUUCGGUUCACUACUCGGCUGCCUGGUUCGCAAUGGAGCCACCACUGCCGAUGAUCUUGCCCAAGGGCAUCGUCAGAAACACAGACGCGAUUUAUGCCGCCCUGGCGAGUUUCUCUGUUGUCCCCCCCGAGAUACUAUGGGGAUGUUGGCAUGUCUACACAUACACUUCCCGAAGGCUCAACGAUCCCACGGCCCACCGCCUCGAGAACUUCUGGUGGCAUGUCUUGGGGAGCGACAGGCGGCACCUGAGUGGGAAAGCUCUCGCCAAGAUAUACGAAGAAAUCUCCAACGGCCCGACCUUCGUACCACUCAAGGGACCAGUGAACCGAUAUGAAGGCCCGCCGGUACCUAGAUUUAGUCAGCAUGAGCUCGAUAAAAUGCUAUCGGGCCCGGAUCUGGGCCCAAGGCAAAGUCGAGCCCAGGGACAGGGCCGUAACACAGGUUCUCCGACGAAGGUGGGCGCGAAAGAACCGACUUCUUCGUCAACGAGACCUCCACCCCUGCACCCAAUCCUGAAGAGCACGAGAGGACCCUCAUCGUCAGGUCCUCGCCCGACAGCGCGAUUCGUCUCACCGCCCGAUUCAGGCGAGGAAAGUGGUGGAGAGGAGGAAGACGUCUCCUCGGGUAGCACGGCAGCGUUGGAAAUGCGCCCGCAGCUACCGCCACCCGCCGCGAGGACGGAGAAGAAAGCGACACAGGCCACCAAGAAGUUUGUCGCAACGACCUCGGCUCACAAGCGGAGGCCUGUGUUACCGCGCCGACCCAGUUCUCAAUCAUCUACUGCUUCCGAGCCGGGGUCCAAAGAGGGAGCCUCCGGUUCCUCGACAAAACACGUCUCCACCAGUCGAUUAUCGCCCAGCAUUGCGGAACAAUCAGCUAAAAUCCCGGACCGCAGUCCGGGAUCUUCAACACUCGCUGUGCCUCCCGUGUUGAGUGCAAAGGCAGCUGGUAAGCAACCCGCAAAGGCAGUCUCUGGGAAGGAAACUUCUCGCGACAGACCCUCCCAUAAGGUUGGGCAGGGAAGAAUUGUCAUAGAGCAGCAGCAGGCAACGAUGGCCCAGGAGAGGCCUGCAAGUGGCAGCAGCGAUUCUACGGAGUACGAGACGGCCAGAGCAAGGGACGGGCCGAGACGACCAUCACCCGUUCCGAUUACGUCGGAAAAGAUGGUGCGCUCCCACUCCAAUCAGUCGCAACAGUCGAGUGCGGGCCGACAACCGCCAAGCGGCCUGGCGGCAUCCAGCGUCUCUGCCACGUCGACCGUUGCCGUUCAGGGGCAGUUUGACUUUGAUUCUCCCUCCCCGGCCGCGGCGAGUCUGGAACCCAGGGACAUCCCGGACCAGGUUGCACGGCGAUCAUCGAAGCCGCUCUUCACGCCGACGCAGCCGAGCCCAACCCCCGACGUCCCUCUUGCGCGAUCAAAGAGCCAGCUGGCCGUCCUCCUGGAGCUUGACAAGGACCGGAGCCGAUCACGGAGCCAUCAGGGGCAGAAUGGGAGCAAUGGGAAGCAGAAGGUGGAAGGCGAGAAGGAGCAGGGGAAAGGGAAGCCUCAUUGAUGGUACUAAACUACAAUGUUCACCUACCUCCAUCACAAUAAUUAUUGCUGCCUCUACACGCUUCACCUCGGAAGAUAUUCGGAAGCCAAAAAGAGAAAAGGAAAAGACAGGAGUAUUGGCGAAGCGGCGUCUUCCGUCCAGUAUACCUUUCACCAAAGGGGCCAUGGUUAUAGCCGGUGCUUCGGCGGGUUUAUUGCAUUCAAGAUGGUCCCAUU